GUGCCAUUUGGCAUUGUUGACAGCCUCGAGCUUCACAAGCCAGUCAUCCCCCUGGGAAGUCCUGGACCCCGGUACCCCGGCAACUCUGAUAGGCCAGAGUCUCAGUUCAUGCUGGGACACGCCAAGGCCAAACACCCGGACCUGGGUGCUCGCGGUAGCAGCUACAAGGAAAGGGGCCCCGGGCUGGGUGUACCUAGGUACUUCUUUGCAUGCUGCUGGCGGGACCCGACCUUGCGCCGCGCUAGGUACCACUCUGCUGCCCUGCCAGAAUUGUGA